AUGUCUGAAAUACUUAGCAAUCCGUAUAAUGAUGCUAUUGAGAUAGUGUUCCCACAAAAUAUGGCUUGGGGUAAUUCCUUAUCAGAAGAAAGAAGUAGCCUUCUAGUGGUUCAAUUGAGCCAUUUUGAUUGUGGUGGAGUGGGAAUUAGUAUAUGUCUAUCCCACAAGGUUGCUGAUGGGUACAGCGCGUUUAAGUUCCUUGGUGAUUGGAUUUCUAUGGCUAGAGACGAUCAUAAAUUAAAUUUCCAACCAUCUCCUCAGUUUGAUGGAGCUUUGUUCCUUCCACCAAUAGAUAAUCCUCCACCUAUGCCUAAUGUUGUGCCUGACCCUCAACAAUGUGUGUCAAGAAUGUACAAUUUGUCAUCAUCUACCUUGUCUAAACUCAAGGAUAGUAUUGUUUCAACAAAUCCACAAAUACAAAAUCCAUCUCGCAUUGAAGUUGCCAUGGCACUUAUUCAUAAGUGCGGGGUUGAUGUGUCGAUGUCAAAAUCAGGCGUGUUUAGACCAACUAUGUUAUACCAGGUAAUGAAUUUACGCCCCCCUAUUCCACUCAACACAAUGGGAAAUGCUACUUGUCUCUUUAGCACAAUAGCAAUGAGUAUAGAUAAAACAACGUUACCAAGCUAUGUUGGUGAGUUACAAAAGGCUAAACAACAACUUCGACAUAAAUUGAAACAAAUGGACACAAAUCAACUAGCCUCACAUGCAAUUGAAAAACUUAAAGAGAUUGUAAACAUAGCAAAUGAGGAUGUAUUUGACAUAUAUUUUUGUACAAGUUUGUGCACUUUUGGGUCACAUAAGAUUGAUUUUGGAUGGGGUAGCCCCCUAAGAGUGACUCAAGUGAAACAUCCAACUAAAAAUAAAUUUAUGUUCCUGGAUGAUCCAAGUGGAGAAGGGAUAAAUGUACUAAUCACUUUGACUGAGGCUGAUAUGUUACUAUUUCAAAAUAACAAAGAGCUUCUAGAGUUUGCUUCUCCCGUUGUCCAGUCACUAGAAUAA